UUUUUUUUUGUGAUUUUGUUAGUUUGCCUUCGAGCCGCUCGCCAACUACUCCAACUAACAAUUUAAACGAGCCGAGCAUGCUGUUCGCACAUGCUUGUCGUGUGUGGGCACCUUAAUGCUGAGUCAGUGUUUUGUUAUUGCAUUGUAAGCACAUAUGAGAGACAUAAAUAACAGUUUUGCCAAUUGAAAAGAAGAUUGAUUAAAAUGAAAGGUGGCACAUUUCGAAACACACAAUGGGACCCCACACUGCUGACGUCACAGAUUCUAUCGAUGCAGUGCUGCGUGUACUUUUCACUCGGCCUUCUUGUGUUUGUAGCCAACAAAUUGGCUGGCGACAAUUAUACGCUGGAUCACAUAUUUGAGUAUCAUGAGAUACAUAUAUACGAUCUGGGCGGUCGCUUGGUGAUUUGUGCGUUUGUCGUUAAUGCUUUUGUGGCAUCUUUGGCACUGUGGUGCAUUGUGCGGCGUGCCAAGCUGUGUCUGGAUUUUAGCUGCACGUUCCAUUUGCUGCACUUACUCAUCUGCUGGUGGUACAAUCGUUCGUUUCCUGCAAGUGCCUCCUGGUGGCUACUCAAUGUGAUCACUGGUACCAUUAUGUGCAUUGGCGGCGAGUUCCUGUGCCUGCAAACGGAGAUGAAGGAGAUUCCAGUGGGUUAUGCGGCCCUCAAUCAAAAGUCGGACGUUUGAGACGAACCAAAAAACCAUAUGAUAUGUGAUGCUAGCAAAGCCACCAAUUACUCUUAACAUACUAUAACACAUGUAAUUUAAAUUUAUUUUUAAAAUAUAGAAACAGUUUAAGAAUACAUAA